AGCAUACAGCCUUGUCCAACUAGUCAGCGUGACAGGCUGUACUUGGACCCUCAAACCGGCUUGCUGUUGAUAACGUCUUGCAUGUUGAUACGCCUCCUGCGGACUUGUCCCCCAGUAGGGUCUGCAGAUUGCAUACAGAUUACGUUCGGGUCUUAUUCAAAGUGUCCCAAACUUCGUCUUGGAAGACGCCCACCUUCUUAAGCGCAAGCUAGUAACAGCCCGACGACCGUUUGUUAUCUCUUCCAGAAUGGCAUCCGAUGGUGCCCUGGGUGUGGAUGUGCAUGGGCCGGACAAGAAGCGUCAAAAGCUGGCAAAAUUGACGGGGUUGGGCUUCGCCAGGGACUUGGCCGAAGUCAUCGUGGAAACGCUUGGGAUGGACCCCAUCGGGCAGUCGGCCCAUGCUGCCAUCGCCGAAACAUUGUCUGGAGAAGGCUUGGUGGACUUGGCGUCAGUGAGGACCGUGGCUGGCGAGGUGGCAGUCAACGCACGGCUGGCGGAUGCGGAUUCCGAGGCGGCAAUCAAGUCGCUGAGGGCCCUCGCCCCGAACCUUAAAGCUCUCCAAGCCCUCAAGCUUGCAAAAGCAGCAUGUGCCCCGACUGUGCAGCCCGCGGACGAGUUGGGCGAGGAUGCGUCACCACGGCUGGAGAAAAAGCGCAGGACUAAUGAAGAGAUGGCCAAGGCGCUCGUGCAGCCGGCAACACUCCUGCCCGCCGUCACCCCCAAUGCCAAGUCCAUGCCAUGUCCACCAACAAGAUCGAUGCCGUUGGUGUCCCCCCGGGGUUUGAGCGGCCUCAUAUUCCCAACGAGGACAUUGUUUGGCUGA